AUGCUUUCUUCUCCCUUUCUUUGGCCUGACCCAUUCUUUCUUUUUCUUUCUUUCUUUCUUUCUUUCUUUCUUUCUUUCUUUCUUUCUUUCUUUCACAAGUGCCUCUCUUUCCCUUGUUUUUCCUGCACCAUAUGCUUUCUUCUCCCUUUCUUUGGCCUGACCCAUUCUUUCUUUCUUUCUUUCUUUCUUUCUUUCUUUCUUUCACAUGUGCCUCUCUUUCUCUUCUUCCCGCACCCAUAUACUUUCUUCUCCUUUUCUUUUUUCCUGCCCCAUUCUUUCUUUCUUUCUUUUCUUUCUUUCAUGUGCCUCUCUUUCUCUUAUUCUUCCCGCACCAUAUGCUUUCUUCUCCUUUUCUUUUUCCUGCCCCAUUCUUUCUUUCUUUCUUUCUUUCUUUCACAUGUGCCUCUCUUUCUCUUAUUCUUCCCGCACCAUAUGCUUUCUUCUCCUUUUCUUUUGCCUGCCCCAUUCUUUCUUUCUUUCUUUCUUUCUUUCACAAGUGCCUCUCUUUCCCUUGUUUUUCGUGCACCAUAUGCUUUCUUCUCCUUUUCUUUUUGCCAGCCCAUUUUUCUUUCUUUCUUUUUUCUUUCUUUCUUUCUUUCUAAGUGCCUCUCUUUCCCUUGUUUUUCCUGCACCAUAUGCUUUCUUCUCCCUUUUCUUUUUUGCCUGCCCCAUUCUUUCUUUCUUUCUUUCUUUCUUUCUUUCUAG